AUGAAUACGGAGGUCAAUAGAUACCUACUUGAUGUACUAUGGGUUCAUCUUCUUAUACAACAAGAUAUUGAAAUUACAGACGUUCAAUAUUUAUAUAUAAAUCAUUAUAUUCAACCAGGUUAUGAUCCUAAUCUUCAUGCUGUUUGGUUAGGUAUUUGUUUAUGUGAUGAUCAUGUUCUUAUGAGUCCUUUAUAUGUGAAUGGUGAUAAAGGUAUUGGUUCAUUAAUAUAUUCAUCAACUUGUUCACAUUUGACUAAUAUUUCAAUUCAUUCUGAACGUAUUGUACAUGUUACUGGCGAUAUGAUGUCAUUUGAUCGAUUACGACGUCAAGCAGCUGUUGAACAUGAAUUUUUAAAUUCAAAUGAUCUCAAUAAAUAUUUUGUUGGAGGAAUGAAUAUUGGUUAG